GCUCUCUCUAGCCUUCUCCCAUUUCUUAGUUGCUUUCUAUCUGCAGGAGCUGCUUGGGAUAUCACCAUGAAGCACCUGUUUGCAGCUUUCUUUGUGGCAUUUUUCCUGUCUUUCUUUGACAUGGCGGACUCUUCGGCUUAUGAUAAGAUAGUCUACCAUAGUAAAGUCAGGGCAAGGAAAGAGGGACCCAAUGUGUGCGCUCUGCAGCAGGUCAUGGGGACCAAGAAGAAGUACUUCAGCACAUGUCGAAAUUGGUUUCAAGGGACCAUCUGUGGAAAGAAAACGACGGUGUUAUACGAGUGCUGUCCAGGCUACAUGAAAAUGGAGGGAAACAAAGGAUGCCCAGCAGUGGCACCUAUAGACAAUGUGUAUGGUACCUUGGGCCUGGUCAAAGCCAUCUCCACUCAAAAGUACUCUGACAUAUCUAAGCUGAGGGAGAAGAUAGAAGGGUUUGGGUCAUUCACGUUCUUCGCGCCCAGCAACGAAGCCUGGGACUUGUUGGAUGAGGAAGUGCGGACUGCACUGGUGAGCAACGUGAACAUUGAGCUGUAUAACGCACUUCACUACCACAUGGCGAACAAACGACUGCUGACCAAGGACCUGAGGAAUGGCCUGGUGGUCACCUCCAUGUACAAUGACCUGGGACUCUACAUCAACCACUACUCCAACGGGAUAGUGACGGUGAACUGUGCCAGAAUUAUCCACGGCAACCAGGUUGCCACCAACGGAGUGGUGCACGUCAUUGACCGUGUCAUCACUGCGGUGAGCAACAACAUCCGGGAAGUCAUCGAGGUGGACGACGAACUCACCAGUCUCAGUGAGGUUGCUGAAGCCUCAGGACUGCUGGAGAAGCUGGGCGAGCCAGGUCAUUACACCCUGUUCGCCCCUACCAACGACGCCUUCGAUAAGCUGGGCCCAGACGUGCUGCAGCGACUGAUGGGUGACAAGGCUGUACUCCAAGCUCUGCUGAACUUCCACCUGCUGAAUUCUGUCCAGUGCUCUGAGGGCAUAAUGUCAGGACAGAGCUUUGAGACCCUGGAGGGCCACAACAUUGAAAUUGGUUGUGAUGGUAACAGCUUGACAGUCAACGGCAUCAAGAUGGUGUUGAAAAAAGACAUCCUCACCACCAAUGGAGUCAUCCACCUCAUUGAUGAGGUCCUCAUGCCUGACUCAGCCAAGCAGGUGAUGGAGCUGCUCUCCUCUACCCAGUCCACCUUUACUGAUUUGGUAUCCGAGCUCGGUUUGUCUGCAAACAUGGUACCCGGAGCUGAAUACACACUACUGGCCCCACACAACACUGUCUUCACUGAUGAGGUGAUGUCCAUUGACCAGAGUGACCUGAAGAAGAUUCUGGAGAACCACAUCCUGAAGCAAAAAAUCACUCUGGGAAAGCUUUACAACGGACAGCGCCUGGAGACCAUUGGCGGGAGGCUCCUUAGAGUCUUCAUUUACCGUUCAGCGGUGUGCAUAGAGAAUGCGUGCCUUGUGCGCGGCAGCAAGGAGGGCAGUAACGGAGCGCUCCACCUGAUGAGAACCCUGUUGAAGCCAGCUGAGGCCUCCAUGUUCCAGAUCCUCACUGACCACGGGGGAUUCAGGAUCUUCUUGUCCCUGAUGGAGUCUGCUGGUCUGACUGAUCUGCUCAAACAGGAAGGAGAUUACACUCUGUUUGCUCCCAGUGAUGAGGCCUUUGCUGGCAUCAGUGAACGUGAACUGGCUCUGCUCAGAGGUAAUCAGAAUGCCCUGCGUACCAUCCUGCUCUACCACUUCAGCAACGGAGUGUUCAUUGGAGGAGGUCUUGAGACUGGAGUGACCAACCUUCUCAAGUCUCUCCAGGGCAACAACCUCAGAGUAUUGCAUGCCAACAACACAAUCAGGGUGAACGCUGUUGAGGUCCCUAAACACGAUGUCAUGGCCACUAACGGUGUCGUUCAUUUUGUCAAAACCCUCCUCUACCCCAGAGAGCUGCCUGUUGGUGACUCUGAACUCUUGGGCCUGCUGAGAAGACUCACCAAAUACCUGGAGUUCAAGUUGGUAUCAGGAUUCAGAUAUCAGGAAAUCCCCCUUACAUUCAUGAGGAGGACGGUCACACGUGUCAUUGAGAAUGUGCCUGAUGUCACCAAGGUGACCAGGGUUAUUGAGAGGGACCCUUCCCUCACCAAGGUGACCAGGGUUAUUGAAGGACAGCCUAAGUUCACCAAGGUCACCAGAGUCGUUGAGGGGGAUCCUUCUGUCACCAAAGUUACAAGGGUGAUCUCAGGUCCUCAGUACUCCAGCAGCAGUAGCUCCAGCCACAGUAUCUCUGAAUUUGAUCUGGAAGAGGGAAGCCCAAGACGGGUCCCUGGCAGGAGAAUUCCAGCCGGCACUAGGAGAAGAGUCAGACCAGAGGAACAAAGAGCAUGAGCAUGGACAGACCAGGUGACUGAAGCUUCACCAGCAACCAGAAAAGGACACCGAAAAUAAUGACCACAAACAUAUCUUUCAUUCAAACACACUCUAACUGAUGUGUGUAUGUGUGUGUAUGUAUGUGUAUGUGUAUUUGUGUGUGGGGGGGGUACGUGUGUAGACAUACAUUACUUGAAAAUGAGAGAGUAAAGCCAUUUGCUAAAUAAAAUAAAAGUAAUUGGUCCAUGUAGACAACUAAAAGCCAUCAAUAUAUGUAAAUAAUGUACACAUAUUUGUGGGUUUUGGGGGUAUAUUACAGAUCGCAGAUUAGAAGCCAGUGGGAAGUAUAAAAAUAAUCUACAACACCAAGCUAUUUUAAGCCUUGACCAGAGGUUCAGGUGAUACAACAGGAAUUUGGGGAAUAUUUUGUAAUUUACCUCUGCAUGAUAUCGCUUUUGUGUUGUUCUCAUUGAAAAAAUAAUUGAGUGCUAUUUUCUGACUAUAAUUUAGGCCUAGAUUCAAUCAGAUUAAGCGUCAGUUGAUGAUAAUAUUUGCAGUGUCUGAGGUGUAAUUGCUUUUCAACUAUCAAAUCAGUGAGUGGCUGCUCUUGCAGUUAUAUUGAAGCCACCUGUGUAGGCUUUAUAGCCUAUAGAAAUAAUGAUACUAAAUGAAAAUCAUAAAACAAAAUAAAAAUUAUUUUAUUAGGCAAUUACUCAAUUGAUAGCAUAUCCAAUCAUACUGUUCGCAAUAACCUAAUCAGCUUUAACACACUGAAUAUGCAUUUGACAGCUCAACUACAAUUUCACCUUUAACUAAAUAAAAUCAUCUUCUGUAACAGUGUCAGCUAAAGCAGAUCUGAUUGAAUUGGGCCCUUGAUUCUUGAACUGUAAAAUCUUCCUACCACUUGUAAUUUCUGUUCUGAUCUCUAUGUCACAAUGUAUAUAUUCUCUUUUUCUAACCCUGUCUUUGCAUUUAGAUCUUUCAAAAAUGCAACAUUCUGACAAACUGAACUUUUAACAUAUUUUCAAUAAAGUGUAUUCUUGGAUAUGAA